UAUUUUCUCUCCAAAUUUAGUGAGAUCGAUUUGAGAGAGGGUGGUUAUGGGGGUCCUUCUAAUGACAUCUCUACUUCAAGUGCUAUGGCCCAUUUUAAAAGACGUAUAGAAGUUUGCAUGCUAAUGUAAUUGCCACUAUGUCACUGCCUGAAAGCUCCCAUUAACUAGUAGCAGGCUUAUAGAAAAGGGCUGUGGAUGAAGGCCCAGGAAAUGUGGGAGCCAGAGAAGGCAUGGGGGAGGCAGGCAUCUUCUGGAAGAAGGAGAGAUCAUGAGAUUCCUGAGCUCUCCUCCAAGCACUUAGAAAUGUUAUCUGUGACACUGUUAACUCUAGGAAUGCUUACUUGUUAUAUCUUAGAUGGGAACAUAGAUCACACCAGGAUGGCAAAGCAACGAACUCAUACUUCAUAUUUGAUUAGACUCUUAACUCCCAACCAACAAUAGUAAUAAAUUUACAUAAAGUAUCAUUGUUUUAGAGAUAAGCUUUAUUUCUUUUAGAACAGUUUUAAAUCCAUUUAGAAUGGAAGGUUCAGAGAGUCCCCUUUCCCACACAUGCAGUCUCCCCUUUUAUCCUCUACCACAGUGGUACAUUGGUUAUAGCUGAUAAACUUUUAUUGAUACACUAUAAUCACCCAAUGUCUAUAGUUUACAUUAGGGUUGAUUCUUGGAAUUUUGUCCAUCACUGUGACAAAAUACCUGACAAGAACAACUCAAAGAAGGGUUUAUUUUGGGCUCAUGGCUUCAGAGUUCAGUCCAUGGUCUGUAGACUCCAUCGCUCAGAGUAUCAUAUCAGAAGGCUGUGAUGGAGGAAAUCUGCUCACCUCAUAGUAGUUGGGAAGCACAGGGGUUGGGGAGUCAGGGGAUAAAAAUAUAAUCCCUAAGGGCAUGCUCCCAGUGACCAGCCUUCUCCAGCAGCACCUUACCUGCCUAUGAUACCACCCAGUAGUCCAUUCAAAUUAUUAAUUCAUCAAGUGAUUGGGUUAUGGCUUUCAUAGUCUAAUCAUCUCAACUCCUGCGUUAACAACAGACACCUGAUAUCCAAACCAUAACAACACUGCACAUUCCGUAGGUUUUGUCUCCUACCCACCAUUAUAGCAGAUGCAAUAAAAAUCCUCUAUUCUCCACCUAUUUGUGCCCUAACCCUUGACAAUCUUGAUUCCUUUACUGUUCCUCUCAUUUCUCCUCUUCUCAAAUAAAUGUCAUAGAGUUGGAAUCAUAUAGCAUGUAGCAUUUUCAGAAUAGCUUAGCAAUAGUAAUCUAUUUAACUUUCUUUGAUGUCUUUUCAAGUCUUGAAAACUCGUUUUCUUUUUAGUGUUGAAUAAUAUCCCAGUGUCUGGAUAUGCCCACUGUUCCUUUAUCCUUCAUCUUGGAUGCUUCCAAGUUUUGGCAAUUACAGAUAAAGUUGACAUAAGCAUUAAGUUGAUAUAUGGUUUUUAUUUGGGUACAAGUUUUGAACGCCUUUGAGUAACAUCAAAGAUUGACUGCUGGAUCAAGCGUUAAGAAUAUGUUUAGUUUUAUGAAGAAUUGCCAAGUCAUCCUCCAAAGGACAGCAAUGAGUGGUGGUUCUGCUAUUUCACACCCACAUCAGCACUUGGCAUCAUUAGUGUUCUUUGGGCAUUCUAAUAGGCAUCUAGUGAUAUCUCAUUAUUGCUUCAAUUUGCAUUUCUCUGAUGACAUAUGAUGUGGAACAUCUUUUGUAUGCUUAUUUUCCAUCUGUAUUUCUCCUUUAGUGAUGUAUAUGUUUAUGUUUUUGGCCUAUUUUUUAAUUGGGUUCUUUUCUUAUGGCUGAAGAAUAUUAUUGUAUAUUUUGAUAGUAGUCUUUUAUCAGAUAUUAUCUUUUAAGGUCAUUUUCUUCUAAUCGGUGACUGGUCUUUUUAUUUUCUUGUCCACAUAGUUCAGAGCAGAUAAAUUUAAUUAGAGUAAAGUCUAAUUUAUCAAUUAUUUCUUUUAUGGAUUGAGCCUUUGGUGUUGUAUCUAAAAGUCAUCAUUAAAGGGCUGUUUUUACCUGUGCAUACAGUCCAGCCAAACACACUUCUACAAAAAUGAUGUGAUCAACAACAAACCUCAAAUGUUUUAAAGUAUGAGGCAAAUACAAUGGAGAGAAAGACUUAAAGAAAUGCUAUCAUGGCUAUUGAUUUGAAUAUUAUUAAUCACCAUUUAAGUAAAGCUUGUUUUUCUUUUUAAGUCUAAGAAAGAUUUUCAAUUUUAUUUUCUCUUUGAAAUUAGAGGCUUUUGUGUGCUUAAUCUUGUAUCUGUAUUAAUUCAAGUCAUUGUUUGUCAUGAAAAUCUUCAUAUAUGUCCCAGUGAACUAGGGGGAAGGUCAGACCCCUCCAGAUGGUAAGAGAAGGAAGAAGGGAGAGGAACCAGUCAAGUUUGGGCCAUUAGGAGAGAAGCACUUUUUCCCUGAAGAAAGGAAGGUGAUAUGGGUACUCUUUUUUUUUUUUUUCCUCUAAGCCCAGAACUAGAAGAAGAGAAAUGAAGCAAAAUUGCCUCAGUGAUAUGAGAAGACCCUAGAUCCCAUUUGUAGGGGGAAGAUGGAAGGUGGGAUUGUGGAUCCUACUUGGGACUCAAGGAAAAGGGCUAUCAAUACAGUGAUUUUUCACAAGAAAAGACAAACCCAUAUAUCAGAAUAAAGAGAGGGACAGGAGUUGGAAAUCUGAGAAGGUCCACUGUAAAAUAAAUACAGUUAAUUUAUUCAGAGUCAUAAUUAGGGUCCCCCUGUAGAUCAUUCAGCCUUUGCCCCACUGAUAUUAGUCUGGUUUUGUUACUAUGAUGAAAUUGCUGAGGAUGGGUAACUUUAUAAAAAAGGAAAGUGGUUCAUUUUGGUUCUUGAUUCUGGAGGUCCAAGGUUGAGGGUCUUCUUGCUGGCUGUGUCUCAAGGCACUGUAGAGCAUCACAAGGGAAGACAGGGAGUGUGAAUAUAUAUCUGUGACUUCUGGCUUUCUCCUUCCUUUUAUAAAGCCUCUAGGAUUCAAUCAUGGGGACUCCACCCUAAUGACUUGAUCCUGAAUCACCUUCCAUAGGCCCUAACUCUAAAUACAACAGUUCAGAUUACAUUUCUCCCCUCCUAAUAUCUCACAAAUAGGGAUUAAAUUUUAACACAUGAAGCUGUGGGGGGACACACUGAAACCACAGCACCACCCUAGGCAGAAGAAGACACCUUCCUUGAUACCACUACUGUGGCAGCAGCCAGAGAAGCUGCCUGUGUUAUGUAGGCUUAAGAAGGAGAUUGACUUCAUGGAAUGGGAAACUAGUUGGUAGCUUCCUCUCCUUGCUUCUGUAAACCAGGCACUCAUGCAGAAAGCCAUCAGGAAGAGCACAUCUCAAAGAAAACCCCAUUCUCAGGAGUGGGAAAAACUCAGAAAGUUGGGGAGUCUGUGGUCAUGCCCUCAGGAUCAUGAGGCCAAGAGUUUAACUUUGGUGUCAAAUUCUUCCCUGGGGAGCCACCUCUUACAGUGUUUCAGUCACUGAUGUAGUUUACUUAACACCAUCUCACUGGAUUGUCACAACAUGCCUAGAAAACAAACAAGUUAGUUAUCACCAGACCCUUUUCAUGGUUUUGCCUAAGGUUAGAUAAACAGAAAAACGUAGACUCUGUUUCUCUGUAUUUCCAGUCUAAGUUUUUUUUUAAUACCUUAGUACAAACAGUCGAGUACCCCUCCUUUCUCAACUUGUGCCAUUGACAGGAAUUAGUUUGUCGUAAAUCUCUUCCUUAGGAAGUUGCACAGUUCUUGAGAGAAAUCUUUUUUCAUAAACAGAUGGCAUGGUUUUUACAUUGAGUUAUUCAUUGGUUCCAAGGAAGGAUGGAAAGAAGAAUUAAGCGUUGACACAGAAGGAACGAUAGCAGUUAAAGUUGAAGAAGCCACUUUAUGAAGGAGCCCCUGUGUUUUUGUCAGUCUUUUCAUGCUGCUGUGACUAAAAGACCUGACAAGAACAGUACUAGAGGAGGAAAAGUUUAUUUGGGCGCUCAUAGUUUCAGAGGUCUCCAUUCCUCCAGGCUCAAGGUGAGGCUAAACAUCAUGGCAUAACAGUGUGGCAGGGGAAAGCAGCUCACAUGAUGAUCAGGAAGCAGAGAGAGACUCCACCCUCCAGAUACAAAAUAUAUACUCCAUAGCCACGCCCCCAAUGACCCACCUUUUCCAGCCACACCCCCUACCAACAGACCAGUUAAUCCCAUUAAGGGAUUAAUUCACUGAUUGGGUUAAGACUCUCAUAACCGGAUCAUUUCUCCUCUAAACCUUUUGGCAUUGUCUCACACAUGAGCUUUUGGGGGACACCUCACAUCCAAACCAUAACACCAGGUCUCCAUAAGAAGAUUCUGAGAUUAUAUUUUAUGUCUUUUUGACCUUGAAUCCCAAGUGAAACUGGAGGCCCUGUGCUGAUGACUUUGGUUGGCAUUCAAAUCAAUUACCAUAGGAAUCUACAGACUCUCUUUCUCUGGAGGUAUUUUAUACUAAGGUAGAUAAUUUCAGAAGGGACCAGGACACAGCUUGAAGAUGAACUGAAUGACCUCUUGGUAUUUUCUAAGCAUGAAACUAAUUUGGCAGCAAUGUAUGGCCCUUAAGUGUACCCAAAGUGAGACUCAGAAGUAACUUGUCUCAAUUUACAACCUGUCUUGAUCUUUGGCAGUCUAAAAUUGCUCUAAAUAGGAGUCUGGAUAGAGUAAGGAGUAGAGCAGAAUGGUUGAGGGAAGUUUAAUGUGUAACUCUCUGAUAAUAAAAAUGUUUAAAAACACAUACUGAAUAUCUUACUUUUUUCCAGUAACCUUGCAUGUGUUGUUCAUUUAGUUUUUACUGUGGCCUGUGUGGUAGAUGCUAUUGUGCUGUUGGUUUUUCACACAAAGAAACCAAGGCUUUAAGCUAAAUAACUUGGCAAAUAAGAGGUAAUUUGGGUUUUAAAGUGUGCUCUUCCCAAAAAGCAGCAUGUGCCUCCUUGGGAAGUCUAGAAAGACCUGUAUCUCUGAGGUACACUAACCUGAGUUUCAGCUCCUGCAUGGCCAUUUUCCAGCUGUGUGACCACAGCAAAAUCAUUUAACCUCCGAAUCUCAGUUUUUUUUUAAGACUAUAAAUGGAAGAUUAAAUACCUGCUUUGAAGCAUUACUGGCAAGGACACAUAAAUCAUACACUCAUUAGCUAUUACAAUUUUGAAAUACAUCCUGACAACCUGGUUGGGUCAACACAUGACAUAUGGGUGACAGAGUCAGCUCAUUCUUUCUCUUGUCAUUCAUUCUUGAGAGAAACUGCCAAUGAAAGAUAUCACAAAGUCCUUGAAAAUAUCAAUAACAUUAGCAUAAUGCUAAUGUGAAUAAAUCAGCAGGAACUAAUCAACAUUUCUGGAAAAACAGAGCCAAUGUCACUUUGUAGAGAUAAAAUGCAUGGCUGGCUGUGCAUUUCUGAACCUGUCUGUGUGGCCACUGCCAAGUGAUUGGUAGGAACAAAAUUCAGAGGUUUCCUCCUGCUUUAAUCAUUUCAGAUGGUUCCUGGGGCCUCUGAAGAGGGUUCUAGGAUUGGGGUGGAGGGCAGAUGAGAAGGUAGGCUAGGUUCAGCCCGCCACCUUCAAUCAAAGAUGCCUUGAUUUCUUUUAUAUACUGAGGAUUGUUUGUAAGACUAUGAAAAAAAAUGUUUUUAAAGGUAGGAAAUCAUACGUCAGAAUAUAUACUGGGUUUAUUUAUUAAAAAUGGGAAUAAGGUACUUCAGGUAGUUUUAUAAAAUGAAAAUCAGUGGUUUUUAAAAAAACAAUGUGGAAAGGAGAAAAGAAAUUCAGUGGAGUUGGUAGAGGAGAGGCUAAUACUGGGCUCUAGAGUGGGGCACCUGGGUUGAAUCCUGCAGCUGCCAUUAGCUGUGUGAGACCUUGGAGCACAUUAUUUAACUUCUCUGUGCUUCAGUUUCCUCAUCUGCAAAAUGGGCAUGGUAAUAAUUUUAGCUUCCUGUUGCUGCUACAACAAAUCACCACAAAUGUUUUAAUGACUUUAUAUAACAUGAAUUUAUUGUCUUUUGAUUCUAGAGGGCAGAAGUCUGAAAUGGGUCUCAUUGUGCCCAAACCACGGUUUUGGCAUGACCCUGCUCCCUGGAAGGCUCUAAGAAGACCUUGCCAUUUAAGCUGCUAGAGGUUGCCUGCAGCCCUUGUCCCCAGACCACUCCUUUGUCACUACCCAGUAUCUAACAUCUAAUCUCCCUCUGACUCUGACCUCCUGUUUCCUUGGUCAUAUCUCCUGACUGACCUUCCUGCCUCCCUCUUAAUUGGAUAAUCCUGGAAAAUCUCCCUCAGCUAAGAUCUUUGACUUCAGAACACCUACAAAGUCCCUUUUAUUGUGCAAGAUAACAUAUUCACAGAUCAUUAACAUUUUAGGCCCUGCAGCAAUCCAUGAGGUAAGUGCUGCUGAUUACUGUUAUAUGUGAGGAAGUGGACAUCUUUGAGCAUGGUUGUUUGGCUGAUUAAAAUCAAUAGCACCUACCUCAUGUUGCUGCAGGGACUAAAAUGUUACUGUAUAGAAUAUGAUUACAAUAUGAUUACAAUGUUCUUGGAUACUCCUUUAUACAUACUAAGGGCUGAGCACAUAUUAGCUAUGAAUGUAAUUCUAGUGUAUUUUGACGGCAAUAAAAUGUCCCUAUGCCCCUAUGACACAAUAUCUGGAGAGCUCAUGGGCUUUGGAAAUGGACCUGCAUACGCCUUUACUUCCUACCUGUGUGACUUUGGAGAAGUAAUUAAUCUCUCUGAGACUCAGUUUCCAUAUCUGUAAAAUAACCAACUGUAUCUCACAGUGUUGUGAUGAGGGUUAGGUAGACAUAGCAGGUUUCCCUGCCUAACUAGCUUUGGUGGGGGUGACUACAUUCUCUGGAAUGUAGAGGGUGACUUGGUCUCUGAGUGUUCUUUGAAACCUGAAUAUCAGAGGCAACAACACCCGUUCACGUCAUGGUGUGGUUAAAGGAUCCAGCAGUUUGGGAAAGUGUUUUAUUAAUACACAUAAAGGGGAAUAAUACUGCAAAGAUAUGGAUUUUUUCCUCAUUGGACAAAAAUAUUCAUCAUGGAGAUGGAGUUCAACUAGAUAUGGAGGCAGGCGUGUCGGGAAAAAUUUGAUUUUUUUUUUCUGUUCCUCAUUGGAGAAAUGAAGGAUCUAGUGUUGAGGGCUCUUACUAGUUUCCUAUGUUGGCUGUAACAAAUUAUCACAAACUUGGUGGCUCAAAACAACAUGAAUUUCUUUUCAUAGAAUUAUGGAGGCCAGAAAUCCAAAAUCUGAAAUCAAAGUAUCUGCAGGGCCAUGCUCCCUAGGGGGCCAUCAAGGAGAACCUGGUCCUUCACUCUCCCACAGAGCUCCUAGUGGCUGCUGGCAUUUUUUUGCUUAUGGCCUCAUCACUCCAGUCUCUGCCUCCAGGUACAUGUUUCCUCCUUUUCUUCCCCUUCAGCACUCCCUCUUCCUCUCUCUCGUAAGGCUACAUGUAAUGGCAUUGGGGUCCACCCGGGUGAUCCAGGAUAAGCACAUCCUUUCAGGACCUUUAACCUAAUCUCAUCCUUGGCCAUAUGAGGCAGUAUUUACCCUUUUGCCACAUAAAGUGAUACUGGAGAUUAAGACACAAAUAUAUCUUGAAGAGGUGGGGGACAUUUUUUCAUCCUAUCCCAGAAAUAUAGGGGAAAGUAAGUACAGCCUUUUUGAAAUGAUGAAGAUCCUCCUUUAGCAGCUAAAUGUCCCCCUACUGGAAUGCUUCUAUGAAUGAGAGUGUGCAUGGAACAUUACGGGAGUAACCCCAAACAGGAAUAAAAACAAGUGAAAUCUUUUCCCUCGAUGAGACUCUGUUGUGAUGUGAUCUUAAAUGUCCCCAUGUAUUGGAGGGUAAGUGGUCAGCCUGUGGCACUGUGGUAAGGUGGCAGGACAUUUAGGACACAGGGCCUUGUGGGACAGGGGGAGUCAGGUCACUGGGGGGUGUGCCUCUCAGGGAGACGUGGGAACCCUGGCCCCUUCCUCUCUCUUUCUCUUUACUUCCUGGCCACUAGGAGGUGAGCCACUUUGCUCCUCCAUGAUGUUCUUCCUCACCACGCUUCCUAAGUGAUGGGGCCAAGAAACCAUGGGACUAAAACUGUGAACCAAAAUACACCUUUCCUCCUUUUAAGUUAUCUCAGGUGUUUAGACACAGUGAUGAAAAGUUGACCAACACAGGCUCCCAUCUAGCAAAUGAAAGACAAAACACAUCUGAAAAAAACUGAAAUUUCAGAGUAAGAGACAAAGUGACAUGAAGGUCUUCAGUGGAGAGUGCCUUAUGAGAGGGUUGAGGCAGCAGAGUGCACUCUGACUUUCUCACCUGAGCAAAUAGUUGGAGGUGAGUUUUGAAGAGAGGGUAUGGAUUUCUAUUGCAAAAGAAAUAAAGCUUACUACCUAUACUAAAAGUCAGAUUUUUAAAAUGGUGGGGGUAGAUCAUACUUUAUUUCAUUUUAACUUAUCUAAUAGGGGAUAAUAGUAAAGAAUGUGUUUUGAAAGUGUAAAGCUGUGGGAGGGAUGAAGUGUUGGGUAUUAAUUAAUAAUGCCACUAAUCUCCAAAUCAUAUUAUUUAAACCCUGCUUAUUGUAGGUUAGAAAAUGAACCUACUGAUAAGAAGAUGUAGACUUAAUUUUUUUUAAAGAGAAAGAGAGAGAGAGAAUUUUUUUAAUAUUUAUUUUUCAGUUUUUGGUGGACACAACAUCUUUAUUUUAUUUUUAUGUGGUGCUGAGGAUCGAACCCAGCGCCCCGCGCAUGCCAGGUGAGCGUGCUACCUCUUGAGCCACAUCCCUAGCCCUGGACUUAAUUUUGAAGAGAGAAAUCAAUGUCAAGAAUAUAAUGUAACUGCUGGGUGCUUGGGUUUAUACCUGUUAUCCCAGCAGCUCGGGAGGCUGAGGUAGGAGGAUCAAAAGGUCAAAGCCAGCCUCAGCAAUUUAGCAAGACCCUAAGCAACUUAGCAAGACCCUGUCUCUAAAUUAAAAAAAAAAAUCCUUAUAAAGAAAUAAAGAAAAAAGGGCUGGGGAUGUGGCUCAGUGGUUUAGUGCCCAUGGGUUCAAAUUUCAAUCCCUAGUACCUUCCCCCUGAAAAAAUACCCCAAAUAACUUGCAUAAACUAUUAGUGUUUUCUCCUCCAUAUAGCUUUUCGUGAUCUCUUUAACCUUUUGCUAUCACAUAUGGCAUUCUUUGGAAUUGUGAUUUUAUCUUCUACAAUUCACGAGGACUAUAAUUCUAUAAUUUAGUGAAGCCUGUAUAAGUAAUGUUUCAUGAAUGUUAUUGCUAAUAUGAAAUGAUUGCCUCACUACAGAGCUAGUACAAGGUGUCAUCUUGGGGCAAAUACUUGGUCUAUUUGACCUGGAGGCAUAGGAGUCCCAGAUUCAGGAAAUUUCAGGCUUGACAGUGAUGUCUCUGCCUCCUGGGGGAGGCUGGGGAGUCUCCCCAUGACAGCUCCUAGUGAGACAGCACCAUGCUAUCCUCUGGCCAGCAACCUCCAACCACUAAUCAAACCCCAAGAAACUAGAACUGGACCCCUUAUGCUGUACCAGCUGAGGAAGCAAGGCGUGUUCUAAGGAAAAGGAAAUUUUAUCAUUCAAUCAUAAGCAAAUGUGUGUCUAGUUUUCACAAAAGGAAAUAUGGAAUGGAGACUUUUUAUGGCUUUUUUAAAUCAACAUGUUCAUUCUUCUACUAAAGAUGAAUCUUCUCUUCUAUUAAAGAAUUAAAAUAGGUGAAUGUUGUAGGCAGACUCUUUAAGGUGGUCUGGCUGACGACCGCUUCCUGGCAUUCCUGCCCUGUGUGGUGCCUCCCUUGAGUGUGGCCUGGAGCUGUAACUGAUUUCCAACCAGUAGAAUGGGGCAGGAUGUGUGUGAUUACAUGUAUAUAAUUAUGUGUUGUAGUGUCUGUCCUACUGGGUCUCCUCUCUGGGGUCUCCUCUAUGUCUCUUUUCUCUGAUUUUGAGGAGGCAAGCAUUCUCUACAAGCUGAGGGCAGCCUGCACCUUAUAGCCAGCAGGUAAUGGAGACUCUCAGUUCUACAGCUGCCCCUAAAUUCUGCCAACACCCUAAGUAAGCUUAGGUUGAGUUUCAGAUCAGAGCUCAGUGAAGGGGCACACUCAACUGCAGCCUUGUGGAAUCCUAAGCCUGGUCCAGACUCCUGGCCCACAGGAGCUGGGAGAUAAGAAAUGCAUGUAUUUCCAAGCCACUGAGUUGAAAUAAUAUUGUUAUGUAACAAUAGUUGCUGAUACAGUGAGUUUGAACUUUUCUCCCCACAUCCAUCCAGGAGCUUUUCUCAAGCAGGAAGUCAGAGAAGUCCAAGUCACAGGAUUUAAACAAGCUGCUAAUCACAUUGGAAAAUUUAAAUAUUUGGGAAAUGUAUAUUAUUUAUAUACUGGUUUUCCGCUACCCACACUCUCUUACAUGCAUUUCUAAAAAAUGAAAACAAAGCAUAUCUGUUAUGGUUUAAAUGUGGUGUCCCCCCAAAAGCUCACGUGUGAGACAAUGCAAGAAGAUUUGGAGGAGAAAUGAUUAGCUUACAGCAUUAACCUAAUCAGCGAAUUAAUCCCUGAUGGGAUUAACUGAAUGGUAACUAGAGGCAGGUGAAGUAUGGCUGGAGGAAGUGGUUUUUUGGAGGCAUGGCUGUGGAUAUAUAUUUUGUAUCUGGAGAGUGGAAUCUCUCUCUGCUUUCUGAUCAUCUUGUGAGCCAUUUCCCUCUGCCAUGCUCUUCUGUCACCAUGUUCAGCCUCUCACCUUGAGCCCCGAGAAAUGGAGCCAGCCUUCUGUGGACUGUGAUCUCUGAAACCGUGAGCCCUCCAAUAAACUUUUCCUCUUCUACAGUUGUUCUGGUUGGGUUGUUGAGUCACAGUGGUGAAAAAGCUGACUGAAACAGUAUUACUUCAUGAAUAUUUUGAAAAGAAGAGUUGAGCUUGUAAUAUAUGUAUGAUUUAAUAAAUCUUUUUACCUUCAUCCUAAUUUUAAAUAAGUUUAGUGGUAUUGUAAAUUUUUAACUUUGGAGGAAAAUUACUUCCAUCUCAGUUUUAUUUUCCAUUGGCUAGAAUUUAAUACAUUGUUAUUUUUUUCUGUUCUGUGACUUUAUUUUCAUCUAAUAUGCAUUGGCAAAAAUUUCUCAACAUGAUGUUUUGAAUCUCUAACUUUUGCAGCAAGUGAAAUUGUAACAGAAUUUAGGACUUAGAUUCAAUUACCAAGCAAUAACAUUUUGCUAACCUUUCAGUCAAUCUGCUUAGGGCUUUGUAAGUACCUUGGGAUCAUAAAAACUCUCAAUAUUAGUUGGAGGUUUAGUUCCUCUAUUUAUUUACUUAUUUAUUUUUAUGGUACUGGAAAUUUAACCCAAGGGCACUCUACCACUUAGCUAUCCCUAUAAUCCUUUUUAUUUUUAUUUUUUGAGACAAGGACUUACUAAAUUGCCCAGGCUGGCCUUGAACUUGCAAUCCUCUUACCUCAAAUUUAGAAUAGCUGAGAUUAUAGGUGUGCAUCAUGACACCUAGCUUACUCAAUUAUUAAUCCAAGUUUUAUUCCAGAGAUACAGAUUGUUUUUAUUACUUGAAAAUUCCUUGAAAAAGAAGAAAAAGUUUGCUGUUAGUCACCCAAAAAGCAUCCCAAUUGCUAUAUUAUAGUAGCAGAAUGACAGCUGGUGUUAGGGGCCUACUUGCCAGGCACUGGAAAGACAUUUAAUCCUUACAUGCAGGUGCUGGUGUAGGUACUGUUGUUAUGCCCAUUUUACAGAUGAGGAAACUGUUAAAGAAGUUCAGUGUCCUGCCUUCAGUCUUAAAUGUUAUCAUCUGCAGAACAGGAUGUCAACCAAAUAGAAUCUAAAAUCGUACUACUCACUACAAUGUUAUUACUAAAACUAAACUAAUAUCUACAUCAAAUUGGUUUUACCAGGAGAAAUGGCAGGUGAUGCCCUUUGUACUAGAUAACAUGGUCAUGCAUAUGAUAACCAGAUUCUACAUAACUUCUCAUGACUUGUGUGUAAAUCACACAGAGAAAGGUAAUGAUAAUAAUGCUGUAAAAAUCCCGGUUAAAUUAAUUACAAGGCAAAGCUUGUUAUGACAUGGAAAAAUUUAUUUAUUCUCUACCCUUAUCUUGUAGUCUUUUUUCAGUCAGCCUCUUUCUUGUUAAGAGAACCUGUAAAUAUAUGCUGUUACUGAUUACUUAAGUACCUUGGCGGUGAAGAAUAAUGUGAACUGGAAAUUUUGUGUAAAAUUCAGUUGCAUAAGAUUGAUAAAGAUAAGUGGACAAGUCACUCACAUCUGAGGGCGAAUUGAACUAGUUAAAAACUGAAGAUGCAAACUAGAAGAAUAGUGGUAAUAUAGACAAGCCAAAAGAGAAUGAUUUCUUUAUCAAGGGAUUAAAAGAGGCCUUUGUGAAAAUUAAUUAAGCUUUUGAAAACUUUUACAAAAAUGACCUGUCUUAGAUUGGGCUAUGAAAGUCAAAUAUGAAGUGAACGAUGUUAAAUUUCACUAUCAUAUAAUUUGUACUAUUGUGUGCAUUUCCAGCAAUUUAAAAAAUUAUGUCCUUUCUCAAAAAGAUUAAAGUCAAUAUUCAAUUCAGUUUUUGUUCAUUUUCCCAGCCUUCUUAUUUCUCGUCUCUACUAUGAAAUUCAGCUUCUGUUUUAAGUGAAUUCACUUUGAGUGGCCUUUUCUUGUGUAAUUAUGCUUGAAUGAGUCCCCUGUGCUUCCUGUAGACCAGGCAUGGUUAUUUAAUUCUAAAUAUGUGAGCUUCUCAUCACUAGACACAUUGAAGGAGAAAGUGGACAACCUCUUGUCCUGGUUGUAGAGAGGGCAUUCAGCUUGGCAAGGCAGGAGCUGGUAAAUAGACCUUGUAACCUGUAAGGCCUCUUGCAAUGUCAGAGCCCUGUGAAAUCUCAGCUAUGUCUUAUCAAAAAGAACUCUAAAACCUUGGGGCAUGCAGCAACUGUUGAGUGCCAUUCAAGGAAUGACUAUGGAGCAGCUCUGGCAAGGAGGCCUGACCUGGGCUUGGAGCUACAACAGCACAUGCUUCUUUUAUAUUCACAUUUCUUUUCUCUGUCUAGAAUUUACCACCCUUCCUCUCCUCAACUCUUUUUUUUUUUUUUUUUUUGGAUGGUGCUAGGGAUUGAACCCAGAGUCUCACUCAUGCUUGGCAAGUGCUCUGCCUCUGUGCUAACCCCAGCCCUAGCAUUACCUUUUAAUUGAAACAAACAAACAAACAAACAAACAAAAUCUCUCUGAGACUGAUUUUCAACCAAUGCAUUACUCUCAACUAUGAUGUGCAUGGUGGUGUGGGUUUGCUAGUGUGUCUCAUUUUCUGGCUGAGAAUUAAAAUGCCUUAUCCUGAACCUCUUAGUGUUUAGGGAUUGUGCUCCACCCACCUUUUAAAAAAUCCUGGUGACUCAGGGCAGCUCUUCCAUGGUAACAUUAUAUCACUGCUAAUGCUAUUAACAUUUGAAAACUUGUCAAGCUUGUACAAAGAAUGAAACAUUAGGUCCUAUGACAACUGGGAGCUGUUUGUAUGUACUCUCCCAGAGAGAUUAGCACUAUUAACAGAAUUAGCACUGGUCACACUGGGAAUCGUCAGGCUUCCUGUUUGAGACUCUGAGGAUGGCAGUAGAUUUGCUGUUUUACAUAUUGUCCAGUUGAUAAGGAUGUUAGUGGAAAUAUGGCAGUAAAAAGCAUGUGGUUAUAUAUUGGUGUCUGCAGCAAGUAGGGGGAGGAUUAUGCUCUCCCACUGAAAGCCUUUCAUUCUUUCUCCCAUGAGACCUGAUCCUGAUGAAGGCUAUGAGUCUGAGUAUGGAAAAAUUAUUUCCUAGUAUUAUAGGUAGUGUUUAUUGAGUAAAUACUUGAUUUUAAGUAUUGCUUUUAUCAAAUGUCUCUUUUUUUAUUUUUGUCAAAGUACAAAAAUCUUAAUUUGUCAGCUAUAAAUAUGUGGGAUGUGCUUAGUAUCAGGGUGUGUACUAAAUGCUGAUGAAGGGAAAGAUGAAUCUUUAUAGGGGUGUAAUUUUACAAACCAAUACUUUAGCAGAGAAUGAACAUUGAUCAUUUUUAUCAUGAGAAUGUUAAUGUGCAAAGCACUUUACAAGACAUUAUUGGGUAAUUAACCAAAUAGAAAUCUAGAGAUCUCCAUCCUUAAGGAAUUUUAAUUUCCCAAGCCAAAUACAAAGGCAGUAACUUGAGAACCAUUACCAACAUGUACCAAAGAGCACAUAAUUAUAUAAAAAAAAUCUUUACAAGAUUCUUAAUGUUCUAGGAAAUUUUGAUAUUCAAGAUGUUCACAUGUCUGAAGACACAAAAUCAGAAAAUCAUAGAAACUUAGAGCAUCCAAGCACAUAAGCCAGGUGAGAAAAUUGGUCUAGAAAGGUUAAGUAAGGUGACCAUGAUCAUGCAGUUAGUUUGUGAGUUCUGCUAGAACUAGUUGCUUGGUGUUUUUUUCAGUGAGAGACCUAUUUCUGCUUCACUGACUUUGGCUUUCUGAAAGGAAUGGCAUAUUGACCUUUGCAACCUUUCACAGAUAUGCUGAGAAAGUGUAUGUUUUUGUUAGACACAAAACAUCAUAGGUGAAAAUAAAAACACCCUCUACCAGAUACUCUGCUUUUAUGCAAGUUGCAACUUGGCUUCUGGAAUUUUGUAAGUCAUUUACACUCAGCCAUUCUAUUUAUCCCUAUUCUAUAUACAUGAUUCAACUACAUGAUGCUUCCUGAAUAUCAAGUAAUUGAAAAGGAGGCCCGUUUAUUGGGUUGUUAUGACACACAUCCACACAAUAGAAGUGGGGGUGUUCCAUGACUCCUAUUCUUCUAUCUUGGUCCAUGUAAGAAAGGAUUAUCCUCCAGUGUUUCUCAUAGGAUGAACAUGGAGGACCAAGGAUCUGAUACAACUCCUUAAAUCAUGACCUGACUGCAGCGGGACCUCCACUCUUUGUUGCUGGAUGUGAGGUACACAGAAGCCCACUCCUUCAGAUGGGGGUCAAGAUCUCAUAAUUUAGUCCCACCCCUUUUCAUCAGGCUACCUCCUUCCAUCCAACAACCGAAAAAGAGGAGAGUUGCUGAUAAUCCUAAUUGUUUUCUUAUUUUCAAAACCCAGAAGAGCAAGAAUGUGCAAGAGAUUUCUAAUUACCAUGGCCUGAAUUUUUCUAGGGAGACUAGUUAUCACCACUGAAAAUUAAGACAUAAUUUUGGCUAAAAUGUAAUAACAGGGAUAACUUUUGUUUUCCUUUGCAGGUUGACAUUUAAAUUUUUUCUUAGCAUAAGCUACACAAUUACAAAGAGAAUCCAAAUAUUUAUUUUUCAUUCCAGAAAGCAAGAAGGCAAGGGAGAACCCCCAGUUACAUAUGCCUUGGUGUUUUGAAUGGACUACCCAUGGUAUCUAUAAGUUUAUGACAGUUAUUAAGACAUUUAAUCAUCUAUAGCUUUUUAUACUUUUUGCUGAGAUGCAGAAUCUUUUCUCCAUUUUCAUUACCUUAGUGGUAAAUUUAAACAGCAAUCUCAAAUAACCAUUCUUGCUUAAUUUACUUGUCUCCACCAACUUUAUAUAAAUGCUAGGGAAAGAUUAGUUUGAAUUUGUCUUCUUUAAAUUUUAUAUUUCAUAACAACUUUAUAUUCAUAGAAAAAAUGUAUCAGAAAGCACAGAGUUCUUAUAUACCUCCUAUAUACACAAGUGUACAGCCCACCCCUACUAUCAACAUCCCCCACCACAGUGGUACCUUUGUUAUGACUGAUGGACCUACGGUGGUACAUGAUUAUCAUCCGAAGUCCAUAGUUUACCUUCGGGUUCACUCUUGAUGUUGUGCAUUCUUUAGGUUUUGACAGAUAUAUAAUGACUUAUAGUAUAAUAUCUUUCAAAAUAAUUAUAGUAUCAUUCAAAAUUAUUCCACUGUCCUAAAAGCCUUCUGUGUCGGGGCUGGGGCCAAAGCUCGGUGGUAGAGUGCUUGCCUUGGAAGUGUGAGGCACUGGGUUCCAUCCUCAGCACCACAUAAAAAAUAAAAAAAAGAAUAUUUUUUAAAAGCCCUCUGUGUAUUGCCCGUUGAUCCUCAACCCUUGGCAAUGACUAAUUCUUUUAGUUUUUUUUUAAUACUUAUAUUUUAGUUGGACACAAUACCUUUAUUUUAUUUAUUUUUAUGUGUUGCUGAGGAUCAAACCCAGGGCCUCACACGUGCUAGGUGAGAGCUGUACUGCUGAGCCACAACCCCAGCCCUAAUUCUGUUAGAUUUUAUUCUUCUCAAACGCUAUAUAAUUGGAAAUCAUAUGGCAUGCAGCUUUCGGAUUUGCUUCUUUCACUCAGUGGGGUAUCAUGUACGUUCCCUUUGUGUCUGUCCAGGGCUUGAUAGCUCAUUUCUUCUUGGUGCUGAAUAAUAUUCCAAUGUUUGAAUAUGCCAUAAUUCCUUUAUCCUUCACCUUCUCAAGGGUAUCUUGGAUGCUUCUAAGUUUUGGCAAUUAUGAAUACAAUUGAUUUAAACACCUAUGUGCAGGUUUUUGUGUAGACAUAAGUUUUGAGUUCCUUUGAAUAAUACCAAGGAGUAUACUUGCUGGAUCAAAUGAUAAGAAUAUGUUUGGCAGUUUCUUAUAGAAGUAAACCAUCUUUCAAAGUGGCUGUAUCACUGUCUUUCUGAAGGCAACAAAGCAGUAUUUCUGGUGCUCCACAUCCUUGUCAGUGUUCUUGAUUUGGGUCAUUUUAAUGAUUUGUAGUAGUAUCUCAUUGAUGUUUAAUUGGCAUUUCCCUAAUGACAUAUGACUUGGAGUACCUUUUUAUAUGUUCAUUUGCCAUAUUUGUCUUCUUUGGUGAAGUGUCUUUUGAGACCUUUGCUCAUUUGGUUUUUGUUGUUGUUGUUAUUGUUGUUGUUUUAAUUAAGUUGUUCAUUUUCUUAUUCUUGAAUUUAAAGUAUUAUUUGCAAAUUUUGGAUAAUAGUCCUUUACCAAAUAUGUCUUGCAAAUGUUUUCUCUCUGUAUGGGCUUGUCUUUUCAAUCUCUUGACAUUUCAUUCGGCUCAGUAGAUUUUUAAUGAAAUUCAACUUAUCAGUUACUUUUUUCAUGGUUGGAGUUUUUGGUGUUCGAUCUAAAAGUUGUCAUCAUGUCCCAGGUCAUUUAGAUUUUCUCUUAUUAUCUUUUAACUGUUUCAUAAUUUUGCAUUUUAUAUUUAGGUAUAUAAUCCUGUUAACUUUUAUCAAGUUAGAAGUUAACUUUUAUCAAGUGUAGAACGUCUGUAUCUAGAUUCAUUUUUUGAUGUUGAGUUUUGUUUAACUUGACAUUUCUCAAACUCUUGGGUAAAAUUCUAUUUCUUUUCUGAGGAAAGAAUGUCUAUUCAGAACAAUCUUUUGCUAAUAUUUCUUUAAUUGUAUCUCAUUUCAAGGAUUCAUAUCUUACAUAGAAAAAAUUGUUAACAAACCCCUAGUUCUCUGUUACAAAUGUAAAACGUGGUCUGAGAUUGUGGCUCAGUGGUAGAGCACUUGCCUAGCAUGUGUGAAGCACUGGGUUCAAUCCUCAGCACAACAAACAAACAAACAAAUAAGUUUUAAAAAAUGUAAAGAGUGAAAACCCUACUAAUUAUAAUACAAACAAUAUGAUUAUAUUUAAUGAUCCCAAGUGGCUGAGAUUAAAGUUUUUGUUUAAUCUAAAACGUUUUCAAGAUUCUGUAAGUUAAGUCUUUAUAGCAGAAUUCUUAUGUGUUGUCAUUUAGAAAAGUUUCGAUGGUAUAGGAUAAAAACAAGUAUGCUAGCCAUCUGAAAAUUCUAGCGUCUAAGAUUUGAGGUUACCUUUUAAACGGUAGUCUUAAGUUUGGGUAUUUACUUAAAAUGUCCCAGCAUAGUUUGUUGUAAGAACAAGAGAUUUGAGAGGUUAUUGUAAGUUUUGCUUCUAGUAGCAAGUCUGUAAUUUAUAAGUCUUUAUUGGGUAAGUUUUAAAUAUCAGCACUCAUAAAGAAAGAUUCUUAUAGGUUGCUGUAAGAAGAAAAUAAAAUUUAUUUAACACUUUCUACAAUGAAUACAUGGGAACCGAGAGCCCACCAGAGGCCAAGCUUUAUGCUAGUCAGACAAACAGGGGUGGAUAAAGCUCUGGCUCUUUGCUGAACAAACUUUGAGAUCAAUUCCAGGGAAGUCCAAGAAGGUCUCAAUUAUAGCAGAGAAUGCAGCCCUGCAGCAGAGCCUGUGAGGAGAGACAGCUGAUUGACCUGUGUACCAAUCCUUUGCUAAUAGAAACUCCCAAAUUUAGCCAGACACACAUGCAGCCAUCCAGCUAGAGAAGCCACACUUCUCUUCCUCAGGUGGAAUAGCCAUGGGGCAGUGGCAUUUGAAGAGAAGUGAAAGUUGCAACCUACUUAUUCUGUUCUUAAAUAUUAACUGCUCUCUGUCCUCUUCCUUUGGGUUGGAACUUGCCUAAGUAGUGGUGAGUCAUGGUCAUGAGUAUAAGAAACUUCCAGGGUAUAACAUAUGAGACAGAAGGAACCCAGGUUCCUGGAUGACUUCCUAUAGCAGUGCCACCUCCUCUGUCCCUCCCACCCCCAACCACUAUUACUACACAAUACCUCUUCUUUCUCUAACAGAGAACAAGUCUACUCUCGUUAUAUGCCACCCAAUCAAUGGUUCUCACAGAAGGGAGUCAUAAGAAAGGAGUGUCAGCAUCACUGAGGGAGAUUUUUCCAAGUCAUAGUGAUCCUCCAAACCCCAGGUCAGACCUUAACAUGAGAAAUAAAUAAACCUCUCAUCUUCUUUAAGCCACUUUUACUAAUUUGUCAAAGUACCUGAACUACUAUCAUAACUAGUUACAAUAACAUAGAGUGCUGUAAAUCCCAUGCUCAGGCCUCUUGGAAGGGACAGGGCAGGUGAGCUUCAGGCAAGGCUUGCUGGAAGAAGGGGCACCUGAGCUGGGUUUUGGAGGGUCAUUGUGACUUGGAAAAAUCUCCCUUAGUGAUGCUGACAUUCCUUUCUUAUGACUCCCUUCUGUGAGAACCCCUGAUUGGGUGGCUUAUAAUGAGAGUAGACUUGUUCUUUGUUAGUAAUAGAAGAGGUAUUGCAUAGUAAUUACUUCAUUAUUUAAACAAAUUCAUAUAAAACACUUACUAGAUGCAUAUAAAUAAAUGUCCCAUAUAGGGCUACCUGAUUGAUUUUCCUUAUUUACUUUUUCUAUAAACUGUCAUUCCCUUGUCUCUAGUAAAUAAGCUUCAUGAAAACAUGUUCAAAGUCUGGUUUUUGUUUUUUCGUGGUAUUUCUAGUAAUUUGUGCAGCUGGUCACAUAGUAAAUAUUGAGUCAAGUUUUUAUUGAAUGAAUAAAGCUUAAACUAUUCUGUUGGACUUAAGCAUGAGACAAGGAAAGAAGGAAAGAAAGUUUUGCAUUGAACUUACAGUUAAGUAAACAGAUAACUUAAAAAAUAAAGUUGUAUAACAAAGAAAGAGAAAAAAAAGAUACGUAAAGAGCAGCUAUAAUAGGGUUAGUGAAAAUGUGUGGCUAUUGCUUAGAUAUGAGGUGUCCCCCAAAAGUUCAUAUGUGAGAUAAUGAAGAAUUUUCAGAAGUGAAAUGAUCAGUAUGAGAUAUUUAUCAAUGGAUUAAUUCACUUGACUGGAUUAACUAUAGCAGGUAGGAUGAGGCUGGAGGAAGUAGGCCAUUGGGGCUAUAUCUUUGGGGUUUAUAUUUUGUCCAGGUGAGUGAAACUCUCUACUUCUCUCUGUCAUGUCCUGAGCUGCUCUCUUCCACCACACCCUUCUGCCAUGAUAUUCUGCCUCACCCUGGGUUCUGAGCUAUGGAGUUGGUCAUCUAUGGACUGAGACUUCUGAAAUCAUGAGCCAAAAUAAACUUUUUCUCCACUAAUUUUUCUUGUCCAGUCUUUCAGUCACAGCUAGGAAAAAGCUAACUAAAACAAGUGAAAAUAAAAAGAGGGCUCUUUUUCAUGUAAUAAUCAUCUAUAACAACCAGUCACUUAAAUAUUCCUUGCUAAAUGGUCUAGUCUUCCAGAGUUUUGUGUGCUUACUUAAUCCUCGUAGCAAUCCUGUGAACUUAGUACUAUUGUGAUCCUCAUUUGUAGCUGAAGAAACAACACAGCCAAGUUAAAUAACAUGUUCUUAGUCACACAGCUAACAUGGAAUUCAUAGUUUGUAACUAUAUAUAAAAUAUGAAUGCAUAAUAUACAAAAUAUUUUAAAGCACAUCUCUCAAGCCAUUACCUCUGUCAUCAUUCCCAUUUUAAUAAAUAGCAUUAUCUUUCCAAUUAUUCAAACCUAACAUCACAAGUCAUUCUUGAUUUCUUUCUAACUCAGAACCAAAGUACUAUUCUUGCUCAGUUUCCAGGACCAUAUUAAAUGUAAAUCAGACCAUGUCAUGUUCCUGCUUAAAACUCUGCAAUGUGUUCUGUGUGCUCCUAAUAAUGUAGAAUAAAACUCAACAGUUCCUUUCAGGGGCCUGCAAAGCCCCAGCUGAUCUGCUCCCUGCAGCUCUUUAGCUUCUUUUCAUAUUACCCUCUAUGGUGGCCUUCUUCCUGUCUCUGGCACAGUGCCAAGCUCUUUGUCCUUCCUGUCUUCUGUGUGUUGCAGGUACUGCCCCCAGAUCUUUGCAUGAUUGUUCACUUUGUCUUGUUUACCUCUGUUCAAACUGUGUCUUCCUGUAAGUCCUUCCCAGAUCCCCUCUGUUGUAACGAAGUCCCCAUGGUCACUUUCCAUCAUUACCACCCUGUCACUUCUCUCUGCUGGAAAAUACUUUUUCAGAUGAUGGACUUACCUGCAUGUUCUCUGUUCCCCCUUAUCUAGAUUAUUCCUGGGAAUAGGGGCCUUUGCCCUUCUGUGCACUUCUCUGUCUUCAGAGUGCGAACAGACACACAGUGAGCAUUUGUCAAAUGGAUGAGUCAGACUGAGUGUGAGAUCUGACAGUUUAUUGAACUAAAUGAGAAAUCUUGUCAAGGUAAACUCCAUAGCACUCUUAUUUUUAAUCUCUUCCAUGGCUAAAAUCUCUGCUGUGAUGAUAGCAUAGAGGCAGAUACAAGGCAGUGCAUCCAGUCCCCAGGCUUGGUGUGUUGGUCAUUCAUGCUCCACUGGCUUCCCAAGCAGCUGGGUUGUCUCUGCACUCUGGUGCUGGCUGAGCAGGGCUGCACGGUGAGCAAGAGAUGGACCGCUUUCUGGGUUUUGUCAAGCAGAUCCGAAGAUCUAGGAGAAGAAAGGGCAAAAAGUACCGACCAGAAGAGGAUUACCACGAGGGCUAUGAGGAUGUCUAUUAUUAUGCUUCGGAGCAUUUUCGAAAUGAGAGUCCCUACACUAAAUCCGCCAGCCAGACAAAGCCGCCUGAUGGAGCAUUGGCUGUGAGGAGACAGAGCAUACCAGAGGAAUUCAAGGGCUCCACUGUGGUUGAAUUGAUGAAGAAGGAAGGCACCACCCUGGGUCUGACAGUGUCCGGAGGAAUUGACAAGGAUGGCAAGCCACGGGUGUCCAACCUGCGGCAGGGAGGAAUCGCUGCUAGAAGUGACCAGCUAGAUGUGGGUGACUACAUCAAAGCUGUGAAUGGGAUCAACCUGGCCAAAUUCCGCCAUGAUGAGAUCAUCAGCUUGCUGAAGAAUGUUGGAGAGAGAGUGGUUCUUGAAGUGGAGUAUGAGCUUCCGCCAGUCUCUGUACAAGGAUCAAGUGUUAUUUUCCGAACAGUGGAGGUCACAUUACAUAAAGAAGGCAACACCUUUGGUUUUGUAAUACGAGGGGGAGCCCAUGAUGAUAGGAAUAAAUCUCGCCCAGUUGUGAUAACAUGUGUUCGUCCUGGAGGGCCUGCUGACAGAGAGGGCACUAUCAGACCUGGAGACAGGUUGCUCAGUGUGGAUGGAAUUCGGCUUCUUGGAACCACACAUGCUGAAGCCAUGAGUAUUCUUAAACAAUGUGGACAAGAAGCAACGCUGCUGAUAGAAUACGAUGUCUCAGUAAUGGAUUCUGUGGCAACAGCAUCUGGGCCAUUACUAGUCGAAGUUGCCAAAACUCCUGGUGCCAGCCUUGGGGUUGCCCUAACUACCUCGAUGUGCUGUAACAAACAGGUCAUUGUCAUAGACAAAAUCAAAUCUGCAAGCAUUGCAGACAGAUGUGGUGCGCUGCACGUGGGGGAUCACAUCCUGUCCAUCGAUGGCACUAGCAUGGAGUACUGCACGCUCGCGGAGGCGACUCAGUUCCUGGCGAACACCACUGACCAGGUCAAGUUGGAGAUCCUUCCCCAUCAUCAGACCCGCCUGGCCCUGAAGGGACCUGACCAUGUGAAAAUUCAGAGGAGCGACAGGCAACUUCCCUGGGAUUCCUGGGCCAGCAACCACUGCAGCCUUCACACCAACCACCACUAUAAUACGCACCACCCUGACCAUUGCAGAGUGCCAGCCCUGACAUUCCCGAAAGCGCCUCCUCCAAACAGCCCUCCAGCUGUGGUGUCUUCAUCCUUCUCUCCUACCUCCAUGAGUGCGUACAGCCUGAGUUCCCUGAACAUGGGGACUUUACCUCGAAGCCUCUACUCUACUAGCCCACGAGGAACCAUGAUGAGGAGGAGACUGAAAAAGAAAGACUUCAAAAGCUCACUGUCUUUAGCCUCUAGCACAGUGGGAUUGGCUGGACAGGUUGUUCACACGGAAACCACAGAAGUUGUGUUGACAGCAGAUCCUGUCACAGGAUUUGGAAUCCAACUGCAGGGCAGUGUGUUUGCCACAGAGACUCUCUCUUCUCCACCUCUGAUUUCCUAUAUUGAAGCUGACAGCCCAGCAGAGAGAUGCGGUGUGCUACAGAUUGGAGACAGAGUGAUGGCCAUAAAUGGAAUUCCAACUGAAGACAGCACCUUCGAGGAAGCCAAUCAGCUCCUCCGAGACUCUUCCAUCACUAGCAAGGUCACCCUGGAAAUCGAGUUUGAUGUCGCAGAGUCCGUCAUCCCAAGCAGUGGAACAUUUCACGUAAAGCUCCCUAAGAAGCACAAUGUGGAACUCGGAAUAACAAUCAGCUCACCAUCAAGUAGAAAACCAGGGGAUCCCCUUGUCAUUUCAGAUAUCAAGAAAGGGAGUGUGGCACACAGAACUGGAACCCUGGAACUUGGGGAUAAAUUACUUGCAAUUGAUAACAUCCGGCUGGACAACUGUUCCAUGGAAGAUGCAGUUCAAAUCCUCCAGCAGUGUGAAGACCUAGUGAAGCUCAAAAUCCGCAAAGAUGAAGACAAUUCAGAUGAGCAAGAAAGUUCCGGAGCAAUUAUUUACACUGUGGAGCUGAAGCGCUACGGGGGGCCCCUUGGCAUCACAAUUUCAGGAACUGAAGAGCCAUUUGAUCCUAUAAUCAUUUCAAGCCUCACUAAAGGGGGAUUAGCUGAAAGAACUGGUGCAAUCCACAUAGGAGACAGGAUCCUCGCCAUCAACAGCAGCAGCUUGAAAGGGAAGCCUCUGAGUGAAGCCAUCCAUUUGCUACAGAUGGCAGGAGAGACUGUCACCUUGAAAAUUAAAAAACAAACAGAUGCCCAGUCAGCAUCCAGUCCCAAGAAGUUCACCAUUCCCAGCCACUUGAGUGACCUGGGAGAUGUGGAGGAGGACUCCUCUUCAAUGCAAAAGCCCAGCAAACUCUCUGACAUGUACACCACCGCGGUGCCCAGCGUGGACAGUGCCGUGGACUCGUGGGAUGGGUCUGGAAUAGAGGCCAGCUAUGGGAAUCAAGGCACCAGUUUUCAGGCCUCAGGAUACAAUUUCAACACCUAUGACUGGAGGAGUCCAAAACAGAGAGGAAGCUUAUCCCCAGUCCCCAAACCUCGAAGCCAGACUUACCCAGAUGUGGGCCUGAAUAAUGAAGAGUGGGACCGUUCCACAACCAGUGGUUUUGCAGGGACUUCCGACUGUGCAGAGGCUGAGCAAGAGGAGAACUUCUGGUCUCAAGCGCUGGAGGAUUUAGAAACCUGUGGACAGUCGGGAAUUCUGCGAGAACUCGAGGAGAAAGCUGACAGGCGUGUGUCUUUGAGAAACAUGACUCUCUUGGCAACAAUCAUGUCGGGGAGCACUAUGAGUCUGAAUCACGAGGCUCCAACACCUCGCAGCCAGCUGGGGCGACAGGCCAGCUUCCAGGAACGGAGCAGCUCACGGCCACACUACAGCCAAACAACUCGGAGCAACACCCUGCCUUCAGAUGUGGGCAGGAAGUCUGUGACCCUGAGAAAAAUGAAGCAAGAAAUAAAGGAGAUUAUGUCCCCAACUCCUGUGGAGCUGCACAAGGUGACCUUGUACAAGGAUUCUGACAUGGAAGACUUUGGGUUCAGUGUAGCAGAUGGCUUGCUAGAGAAGGGAGUCUAUGUAAAAAAUAUUCGCCCAGCUGGGCCAGGCGAUCUGGGUGGCUUAAAGCCCUAUGACAGACUCUUACAGGUUAAUCAUGUCCGAACUAGAGACUUUGACUGCUGUCUUGUCGUGCCCCUCAUAGCAGAAUCUGGUAAUAAGCUGGACCUGGUUAUUAGCAGAAACCCACUGGCUUCCCAGAAAUCCAUAGAACAGACUCUACCAGGAGGAGACUGGAGUGAACAGAACAGCGCCUUUUUCCAACAGCCUAGCCACGGUGGUAAUCUGGAGAUGCGAGAACCCACUAAUACAUUAUAGCAACACUUUUAUAAAGCAGGACAAAAGACGAUAUCUACAUGGUGCUAAAAAUCCCUUUAAGAUUUCUGUGACAUUUGAAGCACAGAUAAUCACGUGGCAUUAACUGCAAGCACAGGGGUCUUUUCAAAUCUCUCUCAUGGCUCAUGUUCACUUCCCUUUUCAAGUUGAAGAUUUCUUUUUAGGUGACCACUAUGAUAUAUAGCAGGCAAUUCCCUGCCAAGCCCAUUGGUAGAGAAAAA